AUGGCUAGUGCCGUGAUGGCCGCGUCCGCCAGCAAUCUGGUAGUGUACGCCGACCGGGUAAACGAGAUUCACAAGGACCUCGUUAUCUGGAUCGCCAUCGACGGCAUCCUGAUGGUAUGCAUCUUCAGCGGCAACAUCCUGACGAUUAUCGCGGUCUGGUACUACCGGCGCCUGCAGUGGCUCAUCUCGAACCUGUUCGUCCUCUCGCUUGCCAUCUCGGACAUCUUCGUCGGGCUGACCCUGCCGUAUCACCUGGCGUUCUACAUGGGCGUCGACUUGGGGCGUCAUAAGCACCUGUGUCUGCUCCGGUUCUUCGUGCUGAUCAUCGCAUGCAGCGUGUCGAUCUGGAAUCUAAUCGCGAUCGCCGUCGACCGCUACAUCGCCAUCUGCUACCCGCUGCACUACACGCGGCUGAUGACGAAGCGGACGGCCCUCACCAUCCUGGGGUUUGGCUGGUCCCUGGCCAUCUCGAUCGCGACGAUACCGCUCAUCUGGAACAAGUGGGACACGGCACAGGAGUGCGAGUUCGACGAGUUGCUGCACCCGUGGUACGUGGCCGGCGUCAUAACGCCCAUCUUCUCCGUCGUGUGGCUGUGUCUGUUUGUCGUGUACUGGCGCAUCUGGCGGGAGGCGUCCAAGCAUGCCAAACAACUACGGGCACACGGGGGCGCCCUGGAGCGGUCAUCUGAUUGGAAAUCGGUGCAGGUGGUGUUGCUGAUCAUGGGUUGCUUUACAUUCUGCUGGAUACCGUACUUUGUGGUCAUAUUGACCCAGAUCUUCGCCUUCGUCGAGAACAGCUCGCCGACGCUCUACAAAGCCGCGUUCUCGCUCGCCAUGGCCAACUCGAUGAUGAACCCGAUCAUCUAUGCAUGGAAGAACACGCACUUUAGGCACGCGUUCAAGCAGUUGCUCACCUGCCACAAACCGGUUGUGCCGAAUCUGGCCGCCCUCGGAGGCGAGUCAUACGAGCUGGAUGGUGCGCAAACCGGUGCCGAUGGCGUUUGUGAAGCGGAUGAUCCGGCAGCGAUGGUGGCAUCAGCCACGGCCACCUUCACCAACCACAGCAGUUUGGCCAGUCUCGCCAGCACGGUUACCACGUUACCUCCACUUCCGGAUCGUACCGGUGCACCACACCAUCAUGAUGUGGUCAUGGUCAUUUCCCAGCCCGGAACAGACGUCGGUUGCAGUGGCGCAACCAUCCGGCUGUCGGUUAGUCCCGAGGAGCUGUCCAUGCCAGAAGGAAUGGUAACGCACCUCGCGUCACCAUUCCCUCCACCUAAGGCACCGGUGAAGCUUGUAACGCCCACUCCAGCCGUUUCGCCCGUCCCACCACUACCAACACACAUCAUCGCCGGUAACAUCAUUAUCAAUAAUUUCAACCUCUACGAUCAGGCCCGCAUGGAACGGCUGCUUCGCUGCGAAUGGACUACGACUAACGCGGCCGGGUGCGAAUCCUCCAAUGAAAAAUCAACCGCCAACUCCGCCGGUGAACCAUCCACGAGCCAACCCAACGAGCCACAACAACAAACUGCCGAUGUGAUAGCGACUCAAGAGCAGACAAAACUCUAA